AUGUCGGCAGUUGACAGCAGCGUGUAUGUAUACCAAUCAUAAGUCGCUAGGCCCAGUGACCGGAUUCUUGUAGUAUUUAAUCGUUUUGCGUUCGAAUGGUUGUUCGCGCGUUGUGUCGUUGGUACGUGAUAUUGUGAAAACUUUUGUACUUAUGUCUAACACGCGAAGUGCUAAUGUGAAAAACGUAUUUGUGAAAGUGGUGUGCCUUUGUUGAAAGGCUUACUGUAAGGACUGGUUCCCGCGCGUGAGGAAGGACUUCGGUCCUCGACCCCCACCAGCCAACAUGGAUUGCUGCAUGUCAGAAGAAGCUAAAGAACAGAAAAGAAUCAACCAAGAAAUAGAGAAGGCGAUCAAGAAAGACAAAAGUGCUGCCAGGAGAGAACUCAAACUUCUACUUCUCGGUACUGGUGAAUCGGGCAAGUCAACAUUCAUCAAGCAGAUGAGAAUCAUUAACGGUGCGGGUUACAGCGACGAUGACAAGAAAGGUUUCAUCAAGAAUAUCUAUCAGAACAUCUUCAUGGCGAUACAGAGUAUGAUCCGCGCCAUGGAUAUGCUCAAUAUACAAUACGGGGAUCCAUCUAUGACGGAAAAGGCGGAAUUGGUAUCUUCAAUCGAUUUUGAGAGCGUGACCUCAUUCGAAAGUCCGUACCCGGAGGCGAUCAAAGAUCUCUGGAACGACAGCGGGAUUCAGGAGUGCUAUGAUCGCAGACGAGAGUAUCAACUCACAGAUUCUGCUAAAUAUUAUUUAAGCGAUCUGGCCAGAAUUGAAGCUGCGGAUUAUCUGCCGACGGAGCAGGACAUCCUUCGCGCGCGACAGCCCACUACCGGUAUCCUUGAGUAUCCGUUUGAUCUUGAUGGCAUCAUAUUUAGGAUGGUAGACGUCGGGGGCCAGAGAUCCGAGAGAAGAAAGUGGAUUCACUGUUUUGAAAAUGUCACCUCCAUCAUAUUCUUAGGAGUACUUAGUGAAUAUGACCAAAUUUUAUUCGAAUCUAAUAAUGAGAACCGGAUGGAUGAGUCAAAGGCGUUGUUUAAAACCAUCAUCACCCAACCCUGGUUUCAGAACUCCUCGGUCAUCCUCUUCCUCAACAAGAAGGACUUGCUCGAGGAGAAAAUCAUGACGUCACAUCUCUGUGACUACUUCCCUGAAUACACCGGUCCGAAACAAGAUGCCCCAAAGGCGAUGGACUUCAUACUACAGAAGUUUCUGGCCGAAAACCCCGAUCCGGACAGACAGUGUUACUCCCAUUUCACGACAGCCACAGACACUGAAAACAUCAAAUUGGUGUUCUGUGCCGUAAAAGAUACAAUUAUGCAGGCUGCUUUAAAAGAAUUCAAUUUGGCUUAAUGCAACGUGCAUGUGUUCUAUAAAUUACUUAAUUAAAUAUAUAUUUUUUAUGACA